UGAGAAAGAUAUUGGAUAUUGUUGGAUUUUGUGGAGCCUAAAAUGAAAUUUUCCGCUACUCUUACGAUUUGCUACAAGUUUCUAUAUCUGAGCGUAUUCAGUAUAAAUCUUUAACAGAUCUAAGUAUAAAAUUAAAUGAAUAAUUUAGUCAAGUUCUUCAAAGACAAGAAAGUUGAUAAAAAGUUCUCCAAACUAGGGGAAGGCCAUCGACUUGGUGCUUCUAGUACUCCGUCUUCUUCAUCCACUGCCAAAACUGACUGUGAGUCGACAUCGUGUAAGAAAUCAUCAUCUUCGAAAUCGACAGAAGCAUCCUUUUCCAGAUUAACCAUCUCACAAGCUGGAAAUAAUAGUAAUCAAUCUAUAAACUCCACCCAAACUGAGAGAUAUCUACAACAUAAGUCGGACGAAGUAGAAAAUGAAAAGCAACCUGAAAAACCUGUAGUUAUUCCAAAGCUCUUAUUUUGGUGUCCAAAUCUUUUUGGUGAUACAUUAGUGGGAAGCCGAGAUGAAAUUGAACAAUCCAUUCAAAACUAUCUCUUAUCUGGUUCCGUCUGUAAUACUAAUGAAGCCAUAGUACUGAUUGUUAUCAGAGGCAUUGAUAAAAGUAAACUCCCAUUAUCUUCAAAUAUUCCACUAUCGGAAUUACCGUCUCUUAGUGAAAUCAAACAGAAUCGUAAACAGAAUAUCAUCAAAAUUUUACAAAAUUUAAUUAGUUCACCAGAAAAUCCGGUUUAUCGACGUCUACGUGCAUCGAAUAAAUUGAUACAAGAUCUUUUGUCUAUCGAUGGAUUUGAAUCUUUUAUCACAUUAUGUAAUUUUAAAAAGACAAUGUUACCUGUUACACGUCCUAGUGAACAACAACAACAAGUCGAAGGUGCUGACGAAAAACCAACUGUGGACGAAGAGGCUUUCUAUAUCAUAUCAGAAGAAGAUGCUAACAAUAAAGAGCAUUUAGAAAAAUUAUUGGAUCUUUUCAUCACAGCUGAUCCUAUUCUGCCUGAAUUAUAUCGUGAUACAAAAGUAUAUCGAGUCACUGGUCGUAAUCAGAUGUAUAUUGCUCGCGAUGAUCUGCCGGAUGAGUUUUUCUGUUUCACCAAAGAAGAAUUUCGUAAGUACUACGAUUAUCAACAUCAACUAAUCGAAGAAGGCAAUAUGCUAAUGACAAAAGCUAUGAGAGAACGAUUAAAAGCAAAAUCCAUGAAAUCAUUUCGUUAUUGUGUUAUUCGUGUUCGCCUACCGGAUAAUAUUCUUCUGCAGGGUACAUUUUAUGCUAUGGAUAAACUUUCAACAGUUCGAGAAUGGAUUUCUGAAUGUCUAGCUAAACCUUAUUUAUUUCGAUUGUAUGCACCGCCCGGUACUCAAAUAUCCACGCUUACAAAUACACCUGCAACGGCACCUGUUCAUUUAAUUGAUGAUAAUGUUUGUUUAAGUGAAAUAGGUUUAGCACCUGCCAGUUUAAUCAAUUUAAUUUUUGAUGAACCUAUACAACAAGGGACACCUGGGACUGGUAGUGUACUACGCUCUGAUUUAAAUCAAUCAGUCGAAGUAAUUUAGAGAGAGCACUUUUGUCAUAUAAAUUCUCUUUUUGCUUCUGUUUUCUUUUUUGUUGUCAUAUUUGCCUACAAGAGAUGAAAUGAAUGCUUCCUCUUUUUUUUUUUUCUUAUUUUUGUCUAUUUCAUAUUAUAUUGUCAAUAUCUUCCUUAUUGUUGCUGCUUAUUCAGGGACUUACAAGAAAAAGCUUCACCAAAUAUGCACAUCUAUAUACACACAUAUACACAUAUAAUUAUCAGUCAAAAUAUCCUAUAGCUGUUUCAUUGUUACUUUUACUUAAACUGUGAUACUUAUGUUCUCUGUUUGUCAGCAUUAAAAUGUUUAUUAUUUUUUGUUGAAAAAAAUUAUCCUUUCUCUACUCUUCCAGUUAGACAUUUUGAUUAUGUGAAUUUUGUGUGAUUGUAUUUGUUUAUUGUAAAACUGUUUCAAAUUUUCUUAUGUAUGUGUCUCUACAUCACUAUCAAUUUCUAUAUGAGUUAAUUUCACAUUCAAUAAAAUGUGAGAUUUAAUUACUAUUAUUAUUAUUGUUAUUAUUAUCAUUAAAUAUCACAAAGGUCAUGAU